AUGGUGUUGACUUGUAUUAUCCUAGACAGGGACGUGGAAGGGCAAAAAAGUGGCCGUCAAGCGAAUUCAAAUCGAAACGUUGAAAACAACAAAGAAGAAGAAGCUCUGCAGAAAUUAGAUCACCCAAAUGUCGUCAAACUUUAUCACGUUGAAAGCGACCUUGAUUUCAGAUAUUACGCACUGGAACUGUGCCAAUUAUCACUGAGUCAACUAUUCAACGGUGACGAGGCCCAGAAAAACUAUCGCGAGAAAAUGCCGCCAGAAGAAGAAGUUUGCCUCCAGUUGGCAAAGGGAUUGGCACACAUUCAUGGAAAACGAUUGAUCCAUCGGAAUAUAAAACCCGAAAACGUUCUCAUCUGGGUAGAUUCCACUGGAGAAAAAGUCUUAAUGAAAUGGUCGGGAUUUGGACUUAGUAAACAAGUGAACGAAAGAGGAAGUCAUUCCAUGAGUGGAGUAAGAGGAACCCACAAUUGGAUGGCGCCGGAAAUUUUGAAGAUAAUGACGGAAGAAAAUGUUGGUAAAACUACGUCACCCGACAUUCGUCCGAGAGGAACCGUCAAGAGCGACGUUUUUAGCGCGGGACUUGUUUUUGGCUAUUAUCUAUUAGGCGGUGAUCAUCCUUUCGGUUCUGCUAUAAAUGUUCCAGCAAACAUUCUCAAAAAUGAGCCAGUCAUUCUGAGAAAAAUAAAACAGCAACAUCCCAUGCUGCACGCGAUCAUCAUGGAAAUGUUGAAGGCCAAUCCCAACGAGAGGAUUUCAUCGGCCGACGUUGUUUCAAGAAUCAACAAGGGAGAAUAA